GGCGUGUGCUGCUUCUGCAGCCAGCGCGAGAGGGAGAGGGAUGGAUGUUGGAGGAGGAAUCCGGGCUUAACAAGUGAUUGCUGCUGUCUAGGAUUUUGUUCUUUUUUCUGGGGAACCUUGACGUCCUUUCCCAGGCAAGCCCUCCUGUGCGGAACUCCAGUGGAGCCAGAAAUCUUGGGGGGUCUUCCCCGGGGCAGCCCCGAUCAGCACACCUGGGCUCCUGCAGCGAGGACUCUGUGCCCCCCUGGCCAGGCAACAGAACUUGUUCCGUGGAUAUUUUGGAGCCUCCACCUGCCACCCAGGCGUGAUUCCUUCCACCCCCAGGAUCGUUCUUCCCCUCCUCCAGCUGUUGCAGCUUGAGGGGGGAAAUCAAAACCAGCCGGGGAAUUGUCUUUAUUUUUAUUUUGGACCCCUCCUGGGAAGGGUGAAGUGCUUCUUCUGCAUGAUUUUAGCUGAAGGAUACUCUGCAUUUUCUUGAUCUCUAUGGAGACCUCAGAGCUGGGUUUGCCCCUGCUGACACCUCAUCUUGCACCUUCUCUACCUCCCAAGGUCUUUGCCUCUGUUGAUAGUUUGGCAUUGCCCCUGGGUCCAGGAAGCCUGUGAUGAACUUAAGGGAAGAGCCUGGAGGAUCAUCCCUAUAGGUGUGAGGGACAAUGGCCGGAUGUACUUCAAGUCUCGUGUUAACAUGGGUUAAGCAGUCACUGGAAGGCAAGUGCUGAGACGAAAGGCUUAUUUGCAUUUUAUUUAAAUUUGAUGGACCGAGCUUUGGACAGUUUCCAUGGCAGAAAAAUAUAUUCCAUCUUCUAGUCACAACUGCUGGCCGUCGGAGACUUGCUGCCUUUGAAUCUUGCAGCAGCAUCACCAACCACAUCCUAGAUGUAUUUCCAAAUUUGAACACCCACCCCAAACAGGUGUCUGGGAGACCCGGACAUUAUCUGACUUAGGCUUGAGAGUGCUAGGCUGUUCACCUGGACCAGCCAAGCUCUGGAGAGCCAUGUCGAAUCCCUGGGAAGACAGAGCAUGGGGCGUGCUGAUUUAAAAACAGAAAAUGCAAAGUUGGACUGAAAAUACCCUCAGUCUUCCAAGCAAUCUGCUUGAGGGCUCCAAACUUACCUUCAUUUGGUGAGAAAGAAAAUAAAAAAGCUGCCCUAUUUUUCUUUCUUCUUCUACAACUGGAACCAGCCAUUUCCCCAAACCAGCACCAUGGAGGUUGCGAUGGUGAGUGCGGAGAGCUCAGGGUGCAACAGUCACAUGCCUUAUGGUUACGCGGCCCAGGCCCGGGCCAGGGAACGGGAGAGGCUGGCCCACUCGAGGGCAGCGGCAGCAGCUGCUGUCACUUGCCAGCGGGGAGCAGACCUAAGAGGCGGGAGAGGCUCCCACCACCACCACCACCACCAGUCUCGGGGGGCCUGCACCUCCCAUGACCCUCAGAGCGGCCCACGCAGUCACAGGAGGCGGCGACAGCAGCCGGAGAAAAAGAAAGGCCACCACCGGCCAAGCAGCUUCCCGCACUGCACGGACCUCAUGCCCAGCGGCUCGGAGGAGAAGAUCCUGAGGGAGCUGAGCGAUGAGGAGGAGGAGGAGGAGGAAGAGGAGGAGGAGGAGGAGGAGGAGGAAAGGAGGUUUUACUACAGCGACGAUGACCACCACGGGGACGAAGGCUCCUACACGGACCUGCUGCCCCAGGAUGACGGGGGCGGCGGGGGCUACAGCGCCGUGCGCUACAGCGACUGCUGCGAGCGCGUGGUGAUCAACGUGUCCGGCCUGCGCUUUGAGACCCAGAUGAAAACUCUGGCCCAGUUUCCGGAGACCUUGUUGGGGGACCCCGAGAAGAGGACUCAGUACUUCGACCCUUUGCGCAACGAGUACUUUUUCGACAGGAACAGGCCCAGCUUUGAUGCCAUCUUGUACUAUUAUCAAUCAGGAGGCCGCCUGAAGAGGCCGGUCAACGUGCCCUUUGACAUCUUCACGGAGGAGGUGAAGUUCUACCAGCUGGGGGAGGAGGCCCUGCUCAAGUUCCGGGAGGACGAGGGCUUCGUGAGAGAGGAGGAGGACAGGGCCUUGCCCGAGAAUGAGUUCAAAAAGCAGAUCUGGCUUCUCUUCGAGUAUCCUGAGAGCUCCAGUCCGGCCAGGGGCAUAGCCAUCGUCUCCGUCCUGGUCAUCUUAAUCUCCAUUGUCAUUUUCUGCCUGGAAACCUUGCCCGAGUUCAGGGACGACAGGGAUCUCAUCCUGGCUCUGAGCGCGGGUGGGCACAGUGGGCUGUUGAAUGACACCUCGCCGCCCCACCCUGAGAGCUCAGGCCACACGGUAUUCAACGACCCCUUCUUCAUUGUGGAGACAGUCUGCAUUGUUUGGUUUUCCUUUGAGUUUGUGGUUCGCUGCUUCGCUUGCCCCAGCCAAGCGCUCUUCUUCAAAAACAUCAUGAACAUCAUUGACAUUGUCUCCAUCUUGCCUUACUUCAUCACCCUGGGCACGGACCUGGCCCAGCAGCAGGGCGGUGGCAACGGGCAGCAGCAGCAGGCCAUGUCCUUUGCCAUCCUCAGGAUCAUUCGUUUGGUCCGGGUAUUCCGGAUCUUCAAACUCUCCAGGCACUCCAAAGGCCUGCAGAUCCUGGGCCACACCCUCCGAGCCAGCAUGCGGGAACUGGGCCUUCUGAUCUUCUUCCUCUUCAUUGGGGUCAUCCUGUUUUCUAGCGCUGUGUACUUUGCUGAGGCAGAUGAGCCUACCACCCAUUUCCAAAGCAUCCCAGAUGCAUUUUGGUGGGCUGUGGUGACCAUGACAACUGUGGGCUAUGGGGACAUGAAGCCCAUCACUGUGGGGGGCAAGAUCGUGGGGUCCCUGUGUGCCAUUGCGGGUGUCUUAACCAUUGCUUUACCAGUGCCAGUGAUUGUCUCUAACUUUAACUAUUUCUACCACAGAGAGACUGAAAAUGAGGAACAGACACAACUGACACAGAAUGCAGUCAGUUGCCCAUACAUCCCUUCUAAUUUGCUGAGGAAAUUUCGGAGCUCUACUUCUUCCUCUCUGGGAGACAAGUCAGAGUAUCUAGAGAUGGAAGAAGGAGUUAAGGAAUCUCUUUGUGCCAAGGAGAAGUGUCAGGGAAAGGGGGAUGACAGUGAGACAGAUAAAAACAACUGCUCUAACGCGAAGGCUGUGGAGACUGAUGUGUGAAUCCUGUUCUCCGUGCGCCACUGCCCCCUCGCCCCCAAGCCCAGCAUCUCCAAAUAUAUUUAUGCAUAGAGAGUGCAGUUAUGAA